ACGCAAUUGGCACGCCGCAUCUUCCAUCUUCGUUACCAGCUGUGAGAACAUCACCAUCGCCAACGCGACUGCUUAACCAACUCAACCAACCAAUUCCUCGGCGCGUGCCUUUCUCACCAGCCAAAAUGCAGAUCGAGCGCAAGGUCCGCCUCGUCACCGAGCAGAAGAACAUUCCCAAGGAAUCUCCUAUGCCCGAAUUCCCUAUGAAGUCAUGGAAUGUAAAACUCUAUAUCCUCGAUCAGGAGGGGAACAAGCACCCAGCAAACUGCUUCCAGAAAGUUGUCUACAAUCUCCACCCGUCCUUCGAAAACCCGCAGCAGACGUUUCACGAGCCGCCUUUCACUUGUACAAAUGAAGGCUGGGGAGAGUUCGAGAUGUCAAUCGACAUGUACACCACUGAAAAGGCCAAGAUUACCAUCUUCCAUGACCUGAACUUCCAGUCCCCGGAAUACAAGAACGACCAGACUGUGACCUUUAAGAAUCCGUCACAAGCUCUGAUCCAGGCUCUUCGCGAGACUGGUCCCGUGGGCGACGAUGAUGCCAAGGCAAACAAGGCACGUAAAGCUGCCGAUAGCAAGAAGCGCAAGUUUGCUUUUGACUACGAGAAGAUGGGUGAUGCCUUGACCAAGCUGGGCGAAGACGACUUAUUGCAUGUGAUCCAAUUGAUCCAUGACCACAAGUCCGACGACACUGUUACGAAUAAUGACAUCGAACGUGGAGAAUUCUCUGUCGACCUGUUCACUAUGCCUGAGCCGUUGACGAAAAUGAUCUGGGAUUUCCUUUUGGAACAGAAGAUGGUGACUGUGUAAAUGGUCAGUGUACGUGGAUGUCGUCAGCUGUGUUACUGGAGGUUGAAGGCAUAAUGAGAUUUUCUUGAUUUUUUUUCUUUCUUUCCUGUGAGGAAGACAGCAUUGCAUUGGCGUUUUGAUGUGAGGUGGUUACAGAAAGCCGAGUUAUGGGCAUCUUCGGCAAGGAGGCUCUGGUUACAUUGGCGCAUGGUUUGCGUUUUAUCUCGCGCCCGAUGCCAGCGCGGUAGAUACCCCCCUGUAGGUAGUGUGAGGCCUCAACAACGAGUAUGGGCUCUCUCGACUGAUAACUAUAAUGCAGGAAUGCAUUGGCUUAUUCUCAGGUUGGGACUGUCUAUGGGUUUAUGGCUGUGCAUGCUUUAUAAUCCGCCAUCCUUUCUGCCCCUGUAAGUUGUACGAGUUGGAAUAUGUCAUAUGUGUUGGUGGUUUGUGAUAUGUGAUAUGGUAGGCUCCUAUUCCUAACACCAGCUGAACAUCACAUACUGAUGGAUAGGAGCGCUGGAGACAUAGUAAGGGUAAUCUGAUUUACGGCCUUUUAACUGCUCUGUGAGUUGUGUAGUCGCAGAUCUUUUCCAUGAUCAGAGAAGGUAGAAUAUCUGGGAAUUCCAAGCAGAGAUUUACUAUGAAUUGAUACUGCUGUGUAUUCGUGCCUAUUAACAUCAUAUAGAAAUACUGGAGUGCACGUAUAGGCAAGA